AUGUCGGACGAGGUCGCAGAAGCUCGAGCCGAGGGCGUCGAUGGUGGAGAGCCGCAGGAGGAGACGGCGCUGGUCACCACCAGUAACAAUGAGGUCGCCGCGCCGGCGGAGCGAAAGGUGAAGAAGAUCAUCCGCAAGAAGAAGAGGCCGGCGCGCCCGCAGGUCGACCCAUCUUUCAUCACAUCCGAGCCGCCGCCGCAGACGGGCACGAUCUUCAACAUCUGGUACAACAAGUGGUCAGGCGGCGACCGCGAGGACAAGUACCUAUCCAAGACGCACGCCAAGGGGCGCUGCAACGUCGCAAAGGACAGCGGCUACACGAGGGCCGACAAGGUCACGGGCAGCUACUUCUGUCUCUUCUUCGCCCGCGGCAUAUGCCCCAAGGGCCAGGACUGCGAGUACCUCCACCGCCUGCCGGGCAUCCACGACAUCUUCAAUCCCAAUGUCGACUGCUUCGGCCGAGACAAGCACUCCGACUACAGAGACGACAUGGGCGGUGUCGGUAGUUUCAUGAGGCAGAACCGCACCAUCUACGUCGGAAGGAUACACGUCACGGAUGACAUUGAGGAGAUUGUGGCGCGUCACUUUGCGGAAUGGGGUCAGAUCGAGCGAAUUCGCGUGCUCAACACCCGCGGCGUCGCUUUCAUUACAUAUUCCAACGAGGCGAACGCCCAAUUCGCCAAGGAGGCCAUGGCGCAUCAAUCUCUGGACCACGAGGAGAUUCUCAACGUGCGGUGGGCCACUGCCGACCCGAACCCCAUGGCGCAGGCGCGCGAGGCGAGGCGAAUCGAGGAGCAGGCCGCCGAGGCCGUCCGGAGGGCCCUCCCCGCAGAGUUCAUUGCCGAGAUCGAGGGAAAGGACCCAGAGGCGAGGAAGAGGAGGAAGAUCGAGAGCAGCUACGGGCUCGAGGGCUACGAGGCGCCGGACGAGGUGCACUUUGCGCGGGGGGCGAACGCCGUGAACCCCGUCGGUAGGGAGGGCCACGUGGUAGAGUACCAGCAACCACCCAUGUUGGAGAACGGCGACCAGCAGCAGUACAUGGCGUUGCCGGCUCCGCAGGAGCAGUCGAUCGUGUCUGGUGGCAUCUUUUCCAGCAGUACUCUGGCAGCCUUAAACGCCUCCAAGGUUGCUGUAGCAUCGAAACCGAAGGCUGCGGUAUCUUCGGGGCCGUUAGUCGCAUACGGCAGUGACGACGACGACGAUUGA